GUCCGAAUGCUUUGUUGUUGUUGAUGUUGUUGUUGUUGUUCCCAGAUAUGCCUGGGGAGGUGGUGGUGGUAGUGGUGGUAGUGGUGUUGGUGCAAGUUCCCUCGGGCGAUCUGCUUUCGCCUACACCACUCGAAAUAGAGGCUGAAGUCGAACUUGAAGUCGAUCGUGAAGUUGCUGUGGUAUCAGAAUCGCAGAGAAUUCCCGCUACCGCCAUUGCCAGUCGCUCUUCGAGCUCUUUCACCCUCGCUUCCAGCAUGGCAAUGUAUGCCGGCCCUUUGGAUUGCUUCAACGGAUGACCAAAGGAGCAUUCCAACCCAAUAUUACGGCAUGCCGCACAUCCCAACUCCCCAUCGCAUCGCAUCUUGCGCCUUCGACAUUGAUCGCAUGCUCGGGCGCUUCUUCGACGCUGAAUCUUCGAAGUCAUCAUAAUGGUCGUUCUGAUAUUAGGAGGUAGUGGUACUCAUAUGAGCAAGAGUAGUAGUUGUACUAGCAGGAAGUAGUAAUACCAGUAGUCGGGUUGAC